CACCUUCGGGAUACGGGAGAGGCGAUCUAGGAGACAUCCAGAGGCGAGGGCUGCUCGCUGUGCCCACAGCAUGGUGUAUGAUGUCCGACCGGAGGACGAAAUUCUCGGAUUCGCAGCGGUCAUUCGCGAAGGCGCUGAUGAACCCUUGGAGGUAUACGGAUAUGCUUACAGCCCAUGGAGGAGCGGCCUGUACCGUGUACUGUGUGCACUCACUCUCGGUCUGUUACCCCUCGUGACCAGCUGGAAGCAGGAGUGGUACGUUCAGAUCACCUGCACACCCUGCCAGCUUUCACACGCUACCGUUCUAGUCGUCAAGGAUUCCCAUUCCCGCAUCACGAUCUCGGAAGUCAAAACGCAUCCCCUUAUCAACCGAAGGAUGUCGUUCAGCAGCAGCUAUCAGCGGCGAAAACGUACUUUCGCCAGCGAAGUGGACAUUCAUCUAAGGUACUUCAUACAUCAGCACCUUCGCUACGUCUGGAAUCCGCAAGAGUCAAGGUUCGCACGAUUAAGUGGAUUGGACAGGGGAUUGAAGUGCGUUGACCUACUUGAACGUUUCCAAGGCUAUUCGAAAGAGGAAGAAGAAGAACAGUCUGUGUUGUACGGAAGAAAUUCAAUGGAGCUGGAAGUAAAAUCUGUCGCAGCGCUUCUCCUGGAAAAGGUCCUCCAUCCGUUUUACGUCUUCCAAAUUGUCAGCAUCAUCGUGUGGUUACUAGACAUCUACUACUUCUACGCGGGCUGCAUAAUCGCCUUCUCGGUGACUUCCAUCACUCUUGCACUUCACGAAGCCAGAAAGCAAAUGUUGCAUCUGGGCUCACUGGUUUCCCGUACGAAUGAAGGGACUGCACUAGUAGUGCGCGCGAACAACGGCCAAAUCUGCAGGAACGACUACCCCAGCAGCUCCCUCAUAAACAUAAAAAAGAUCAACAUCAACUCCAUGAUGAACUUCAGCGACUUCCAAGACGGCUUCGACAUAAUCUACGACGAAGUGCAUCACCGAAAACCCAGAUACAACAAGAAAGGCGAGAACGCGCAAGCCAGCUAA